UGGAUGAUGUACUGGAUUGUGUUUGCCUUUUUCACCACUGCAGAAACACUCACAGACAUUGUUCUUUCUUGGUUUCCCUUUUAUUUCGAGCUGAAAAUCGCAUUUGUGAUUUGGCUGCUCUCCCCUUACACCAAGGGCUCCAGUGUCCUCUACAGGAAGUUUGUGCACCCAACGCUCUCCAAUAAGGAGAAGGAAAUUGAUGAAUACAUUACUCAGGCUCGUGACAGGAGCUAUGAAACCAUGAUGCGAGUUGGCAAGAGAGGGUUAAACCUUGCUGCCAACGCAGCAGUUACUGCAGCUGCAAAGGGCCAGGGAGUUCUGUCUGAGAAGCUGCGAAGUUUCAGCAUGCAGGAUCUCACUCUGAUCCGGGAUGAAGAUACUGUGCAUAUGCGAAGCCAUGAGCCACAGCUGCAUCCCCCUGGUGGGAGUCUUCUUGAAACCAUUGAGGAUUCAGCUUCCUGUUACUCCUCAGGAGAGGAGAGCAGUGUGGCACAGAGGUCUAAUGGAACCCCAUCGGAGACUAGAACAGACCCAUCAGAUGAAGAUGCAGGAGACAAACUUCCUAAACGUACACAGAGUCUCAAAAAUCCUAAGAAGACAAUGAAAGCUGAGGUUCCAGUAAGAAGUGUGAAAGCCCGCCCUAGGAAGAAAGCUGCAGCCUCUCUUGCUUCUGGCGAGUCAUCUUAAGGAGACCUCCCCCUUCUCAGCACCUGUGUCUGUCCCAGGAUUUGCCUGUCGCUUUUGAAGGGAAACUCCCCAAAGGAAGGGAGCUGAGAUUCAUGUACAUAACAGAUACUGCUUUGUAGAGCUCAUUCCAAGGCAAGGGGGAGGCUGGGAUUCAGAAAAUGGAGUAGAGGAUACACAUCCUCGGGAAUUUUCUCCUUUGCAUCUCUCUAUUGGAGGGAAUGCUGAUAUGUCUGUACAUAGCCUGUUGCUUUGGAAUUCCCACUGUAUAACCCUAGUUGGGGAGAAUCUUUGCUGGAAGAACUCACUAGGGUCAGAGACAUCCCGUUGCACGGAAGCUGGAAAAAUAUUAGACACUGGAGUUCCACAGGGGUGGGUGGCUCCCUAAAAUGUCUUGUCUUGCUCUGGGUAUUCUUCUGCAGCUGUAUGUUGUUAAGAAGUGCCCACCAUGCUUCAUCCUCCUUAAGAAUGGACUAUACCUGUCAUGUCCAUCCCCUUUGAGAAGGUGACUGAAAUGAUGUAUGCUGAGUGCUUU